UCAUCUUUCAGCUGAUCAUGGCGUUUCGCGCGCAUACCGAGGCGCUUGCUGGUGUUCACAAGAAGAGGAGGCCAGCACGGCCAUCGGAAGGCGACACCUCGGUGGCUCCGUGUUUGGCCGAUCGCGCGGAAACACCUCUCCACCCAUCAUCUCUCUUUUGGGACUACAGUCUCUACAGGCCGCCAUGGCAACGACACUGUCCAACGCAUUCGACCCCAUCUCGUCGGCGACGGCAGUCAUCGUCCCAGGGAAUCCAGCGCUCACCAUAACAUACCAACGACUAUACUCCGAUGUACUCGCCUUCCAGCACAAGCUCGCUGCCCUCGGCAUCUCACCCGGCGCCGCAGUCUCAAUAGCUCUGCCGAACAGCUACCCAUUCAUCGUCUCGUUCUUGGCGGCAUCAUGGCAGCGAGGCAUUGCCGCGCCUUUGAACCCGGCCUACAAGCAACGCGAGUUCGAGUUCUAUAUUGAUGAUCUGUCAUCCUCGCUGGUAUUGGUCCCUCAAGGUCAAGCGGAUGGACCAGCCGAGAAAGCUGCAAGAAAAUACAAUGCAGCUGUAGCAGAAGUCUAUCUGCAUCCAAGGACGAAUGAAGUAGUCCUCGAUGUCAAGGAGAAGGGCAAGUUGGAGGGGCGUGGCAAUGUACCUUUCGAAAGAGCACGGCCAGAGGACACAGCGCUGGUUCUUCACACUUCUGGGACAACAGGUCGUCCGAAGGCUGUGCCGCUUUCGCAUCGCAAUCUGGCAAGGACGAUUCACAACAUCAAGAACACAUACAAGCUGACAGCAGAAGAUCGCACGAUGCUGAUCAUGCCUCUCUUCCACGUCCAUGGUCUGCUUGCCGGCUUUCUCGCUCCCUUGUCCACUGGCGGCAGUGUGAUCGUCCCAGGCGCGUUCAGCGCAUCCAAGUUCUGGAAUCACUUUGUAGAGCACAAAGCCAACUGGUAUACUGCUGUACCGACUAUGCAUCAAAUUCUGCUGAAGAAUAGCCACCUCUGGCCUGCUCCAAUGCCAAAGAUCCGCUUUAUCCGAUCCUGCAGCUCGCCUCUGAGCCCAAAAGUAUUAUAUGACUUAGAGGCAGCUUUCAAGGCACCGGUGUUGGAGGCAUAUGCUAUGACCGAGGCGGCGCACCAAAUGACUUCCAACCCGUAUCCACCUGCAAAGAGAAAACCAGGCUCCGUUGGUCUUGGUCAAGGCGUGGAGGUCAAGAUUCUAGAUCAAGACGGCAAUGAGGUUGCACACGGCAAAGAGGCCGAGAUAUGCAUCAAGGGCAGCAACGUGACAAAGGGAUACAUAAACAACGAGAAAGCAAAUCGAGAAAGCUUUACUGCGAACGGCUUCUUCAGGACCGGAGACCAAGGCAAGAAGGACGAGGACGGAUACAUUAUCAUUACGGGUCGCAUUAAGGAGUUGAUCAAUAAAGGCGGCGAGAAGAUUUCGCCCAUUGAAUUGGACAACACCCUAGCUCAGCACCCUGCUGUGUCAGAAGCCGUGAGCUUUGCCAUACCGGACGAACUGUACGGACAGGAUGUUGGCGUCGCCAUCGUGCCCAAGGAUGCCGCACGUAUCACUGAGGACGAAAUAAAGAAGUGGAUGAGUACGCGUACUGCGAAAUUCAAGGUCCCAAAGCGAGUGUAUUUCACCAAGAUCAUGCCAAAGACUGCUACAGGCAAGAUUCAGAGAAGAAACGUCGCCGACGCGAUGAUGAAGGAAGUGCCACAGGCGAAGCUGUAGGCUGUCUGUACCGAUACUGUAUCAUUGUACACCAUUCAUUAUGUCACCUGGUUCUCGGCGCUUCGUCGCCAGAAUACAGCUCACGGGCAACGUGACCUCCAUUUCACGAUCCCCAACGACAUCCUC